AGAUGCACACACAUCAUCACCACUAUCCUUUCUAUUUCUCCCUCUUCUUCAAUAUCAAUCUCAUCUCUCACACUACUCUUCACUGAAACAAUAAGUUCUAUAGUCUCUUCAGAUUUUAUAAUGGAGUUUGGAGGAAACGGUAAUGCCAUUACUUCCAUGAUCUCAACCACACCCUUGGAAGUAAAACCACAUUCCGACCCGGGAAGAGACCCGUACCCGAGUCCGGAUGCCAAACCAGGUUCAGAUCCGAUCUCCAAACCUCCCAUGGUUCACACCGCCGUCAAGAAAGAAAACCCUAAACCGAUGACACGUAGCGACCAAGCAGCGAAGUACAAGGAAUGUCAAAAGAACCACGCGGCUUUAACCGGAGGACACGUGGUGGACGGAUGCUGCGACUUCAUGCCCGGAGGUGAAGAGGGUACGCUCGGUGCUCUAAAAUGCGCCGCCUGCAAAUGCCACCGGAGUUUCCACCGGAAAGAAAUGUACGGACACAGUAAACAAGAGCUGAUAACUCCGGCGUUUUACUACAGUAACAGCUCGUACAAGGCGGUGCAGCCACGUGGAAUGCAUCCAACGGGAGAGAUUGGACGGAGGACAUCUUCUUCGAGCGAGGAUAUGAACAAGAUUUUGAAUCAUCGGAACCAGAGUAUUGAUGGAAACGGGUCGAUGAGGAUGAUGAUGAUGAGGAAGAAGAAGAAGAGGAUAAGGACAAAGAUCAAUGAAGAACAAAAGGAGAAGAUGAAGGAGUUUGCAGAGAGAUUGGGGUGGAGGAUACAGAAGAAAGAUGAAGAAGAGAUUGAUAAGUUUUGCAGGUUGGUGAAUCUGAGGAGACAGGUUUUUAAAGUGUGGAUGCAUAAUAACAAGCAAGCAAUGAAGAGGAACUGUAACACUAGUGAUCUGCAAAACUGAAAUUAAACCCUUUUUUUUGGCUUUUAAAUUAUUAAAUUUUUUUUAGUAUGAAUU